AUGCCCACGCUAGAGCAAUCGGUAUCUCCUGAACUGAAUAUUCAGAAACAUCAAAAAAACAAAUUCCGAAACAAUGUUCAUGAAGAGGUUCGUCCUCAUUCAACGACAGAGACUGAGAUCUCAUCAAGCCCUCAUCACUCCAUUAAAGAAAUUAUAAAUCCAACCUUGAGGGAAGCCCUAGAAGCUUUAACUUUGAAUUUACAAACUUUUAUGAAAUACAUCGAUUAUCAUGAAAAAAAGAAUGGUCAUCAAACAAUUUUUGGAAUGUCAACCUCUCUUAAUACCGUAUCAACCAGCAAUAGCAUCUCACUUUCGAUGGGAAACAUUGAUAAAACGAAUGCUGUAUCAUCUUCAAUCAACUAUGAAUAUCUUCAAAUUGAUCCUCAAUGUAUUGGUGACGACGAGAUUAUUCUAACAGAAAAAGAAUACAAACAAUUAGAGGAAAUAUAUUUUAAUCCAAUCAAGUAUCUCUCAGAAACUUUGAAAAUAUUGAAUGAAAGGAAUGUUCACGAAGAGGAAUAUCGAGAACAUUCUCAUUUUGAGGCAGGUGUCAAUAGUGACGAAUUGGAAAAUAAUCGAACCACAUCAAACACUUCGAACCUUCUUCCGACUCCUCUAAUAAUCAAAGGAAGAGCUCGAAAACGAACCUACCACUAA